AUGCAGAGAUCAACAAGUAACAAUUCAUCGAUAUAUCAAAAAAUUGCAGAAAAAAGAGAAAAUUUGGAAAAAUUAAGAGAAUUUAAACAAUUAACAUCUGAUUUAGUUAAUCAAUUAGAAUCAAUAGGUUAUAAAUUAGAAACUAUGAAUGAAGGUACAACAAGUGUUGCAUUAAUUUUAUCAAAUUGGAAAAGUGUAAUUCAAUCUAUUUCUUUGGCUUCAAUGGCUUUAAUUAAUCAACAAAAUAAUCAUGACGAUGAUAAUAAUAAUAAUAAUAGUACUAAACAAGGAGAAGAUGAAAAGUUUCCUGAACCUUUGGUUAGAAUUAAACUUGAUCAACUGAAUCAAAAAGAUCAAGAUGAUGAUAAAGAUCAAGAAGAGGAAGAUGAAGAUGAGUAUCAACAAGAAGAGGAAUAUAAUAAUGAUCGAUAA